CUCCGCGAGACCCACAUGGCCACCGAAGCUACAACUACAUAUGAUGCGCCGGGAGCUGGUGCUGGGGGACGCGUUGUCGGCCGCGUAGCGGAGCCAGCGGAGUUCCUCCACCCCGAAGCACGUUCUCCACCGCGCAUCUGUAUCCGAGAAGAUAAGGACUUGUUUGGCAACGUGCGAUCGCUUUCUCUUAUCGCGCCGAUAAGAUAGCUGAUCUUUUAAAAGGACAACAGGAGACGAGUGUUCGCGAUACUGCUAGAUAACGUGGCUCUCCGGAGACGACAACAGGAAUCCUUAUUACUUUCUACGUGACAGAUGCGUCGGUAGAGUGACACGAGGAGCGUUUGAACGAUAUCUCGCAAAAGAUGGUAAGAAGGGACGGACUUUGGAAGCUGACCCAGCUUCGGGAGUUGAUGAGGAACGUUCAAGGUGUACGAGAGAAGGGUAUCCAGGCUCUGAUCGUCAACGGCGAGGAUGCGCAUCAGUCGGAGUAUUCCACCGAGCGAGACCAGAGGCGACGUUUCAUCAGCGGCUUCCGUGGUUCCUACGGCACGGUGGUCGUUAUGCACCACGCAGCGUUGCUGUGGACCGAUGGGAGAUAUUAUCAGCAAGCCAUGUCGGAAUUGGACCCGCCGGAGGCGUGGACUUUGAUGAGGGAAGGUUUACUGGAUACACCUACCAUCGGCGCAUGGCUGGCUUCGAAUUUACCUCCGAAAUCCACAGUCGGAGCGGACGCUGUUCUAAUAAGUUAUACACAGUGGAUGCGAUUGCACAGUAUCUUAGCCGCCGCUGGACAUUGCUUACUUCCACUUCUUGAGAACCUGGUGGACAAAGUAUGGGCUGAUGAGCAACCGGCGCCAACGGCCAAUAUAAUAUUGCCGCAAUCGUUACGAUACUCGGGCCAGAGUGCAGGAGACAAAGUAAGAUUGUGUCGCGACGCUAUGCGAGAGAAGGGCGCGACGAUGCUCGUGGUAACCGCGCUGGAUGCGAUUGCAUACCUGCUAAAUUGGAGAGGAUCCGACAUACCUUUCAAUCCAGUCUUCUUCGCAUACGUUAUUCUCACCUUGAAAGACGUAUAUGUCUUUAUAGACAGAAGUAGAGUUAGCCAGGAGGCGUUGGAGCAACUGAAGAACGAGGGUGUCGAGCCAAUCUUUCACCCCUACGAAGAUUUAUAUGUUUACAUGAAGGAGCUCGUGAAUUCGUGUACGGAUCAAGAUAAAAUUUGGAUCAGCAACAAAUCCAGCUUUGCGCUACACGCCCUAUGCGGGGAUAUUAAGAAACAUACGGAUAUUACGCCUCUUAGCGUCAUGAAAUCGAUAAAGAAUUCUAUUGAGAUAGAGGGCAUGAGAGCGUCGCAUGUGAGAGAUUCGGCCGCUCUUGUAAAAUAUUUUGCUUGGCUAGAAGAUAAGAUAAAGAACACGAACGAAUGUAUCACGGAAAUCUCCGGUGCGACACGAUUGGAAAAGUUUAGACAGGAACAAGCUCACUUCGUCGGAUUAAGUUUUACCACUAUCUCAUCUGUCGGUCCUCACGGAGCAGUUAUUCAUUAUUCACCUACGGCAGAGACUGAUGUGCCUAUUACAGACAAAGAACUUUAUCUCUGUGAUUCUGGUGCACAGUAUCACGAUGGUACGACAGAUGUAACGAGAACGUUACACUUUGGCGAGCCCACGAGUUUCGAACGUGAAUGCUUCACCAGAGUUUUUAAGGGACAAUGCCGACUAUCGACAAUGAUAUUCCCCUUGAAAACGAAAGGGAAUUACCUCGACACCCUGGCGCGCGAAAGUUUAUGGAGCGUUGGUCUCGAUUAUCUUCACGGUACCGGCCAUGGAGUAGGAUCCUAUCUCAAUGUCCACGAAGAGCCGAUUGGUAUCUCGUGGAAACCGCAUCCAGACGACCCAGGUUUACAACCGGGAAUGUUCUUAUCAAACGAGCCGGGAUAUUACGAAGACGGGAAGUUUGGCAUUAGAUUGGAGAACAUUGAGUUAGUUGUUCCUGCGAAGACACCUUACAAUCACAAAAAUCGAGGUUUUCUGACUUUCGAAACCGUUACGCUUGUACCUAUUCAAACGAGUCUGCUCGAUGUAUCAAUGCUUACGGACAAGGAGAUCGAAUAUUUAAAUAAUUAUCAUGUAAAGUGUUUGGAGGUUUUGAAACCUUUGCUACAAGGACCGGAGAACAUUCAGGCACUUAAAUGGCUUGAAAAACAAACCCUUCCCAUUUCUCGCUGAAGAUUUAUCUUUAACUCAACACGAUGAGUUGUAAAAAAAAAAUUUCUUGAGAUCAUGUAACAAUUUUAUCACGAUAUAUAUAUAUUAAAACUAU